CUAAACGGUGUCGUACGUCUUCCCUCUCUGCAGGGUUAGAAUCGUCGGAAAAGAUGGCGUCGAGGUCAUUCCGGGUGAGCAGAUCGGAUCUAUCAAGCACAGACUCCGACAUGAUGGACUCGCAGAACGGCAAGCCGCCGCUGCCUCCGCCGCCGCAGAACCGCGUCACCUUCGCCCGCCGGACUUCCUCCGGCCGUUACGUCAGCUACUCACGCGACGACCUGGACAGCGAACUCGGCAGCAACGACUUCCUCAACUACACCGUCCAGAUGCCGCCCACACCGGACAACCAGCCCAACAACAACGGUAACAACAACCCCGGCGCCGCCCAAAAAGUGGAGGAGCAGUUCGUCUCCAACUCCCUCUUCACCGGCGGCUUCAACAGCAUCACCCGCGCCCACCUCAUGGACAAAGUCAUCGACUCCUCCUCCUCCGACGCCAAUUCCCACCACCCCCUAAUGGGCGCCGCCGCCGCCAAGGCCUCGUCGUGCUCCGUCAACGGAUGCGACAGCAAGGCGAUGAUCGAUACCCUCCCGUGCGAGUGCGAUUUCAAGAUCUGCCGAGAAUGUUACAUUGACGUGUUAAAAACCGGCAACGGAAUCUGCCCUGGUUGCAAAGAGCAAUACAAGACGACGGAUUUGAACGAGGCCAUGGAGAGCUGGCGGGCCCUCCCGCAGCUCCCGCCGCCCCCGUCUUCGGGGGGUUCGAAGAUGGAGAGGAGGUUGUCUUUGAUGAAGUCAACAAAGUCGAUGCUGGUGAGGAGCCAAACGGGCGAUUUCGAUCACAACCGUUGGCUUUUCGAGACUAAGGGGACUUACGGAUACGGCAAUGCCAUUUGGCCCAAGGAGAACGGAUUCGGAAAUGGGGGCCACGACGAUGAUGACGUGGCGGAGCCGAACGAGUUGAUGACCAAACCUUGGCGGCCGCUCACUCGCAAGUUGCAGAUUCCCGCCGCCAUCAUCAGCCCGUAUCGGCUCUUGAUCGCUGUCCGAAUGGUUGUCCUCGGUUUAUUCUUGACGUGGAGAGUGCAACAUCCCAACACCGACGCCGUGUGGCUAUGGGGGAUGUCGAUAGUUUGCGAAAUAUGGUUCACAUUCUCGUGGAUCCUCGAUCAACUCCCGAAGCUCAACCCUGUGAACCGAGCCACCGACCUCAACGUCCUCAGGGAGAAAUUCGAGUCGCGCAGUCCGAGCAACCCCACCGGAAUAUCUGACCUCCCCGGGAUCGACAUCUUCGUCUCUACCGCCGACCCCGAGAAGGAGCCGCCGCUAGUCACCGCAAACACCAUACUGUCCAUACUGGCGGCGGAUUACCCCGUGGAGAAGCUCUCGUGCUACGUCUCCGACGACGGAGGCGCGCUGCUGACAUUCGAGGCCAUGGCGGAGGCCGCUAGCUUCGCGAACAUGUGGGUCCCGUUCUGCCGCAAGCACAACAUUGAGCCGAGGAAUCCCGAUUCUUAUUUCAGUCUGAAGAAGGAUCCUUACAAGAACAAGGUUCUUAGCGACUUUGUCAAGGACCGGAGGAGAGUGAAGAGGGAGUAUGACGAGUUUAAGGUUCGGAUAAACGGGCUUCCGGAUUCCAUUCGCCGAAGAUCGGAUGCGUAUAAUGCUCGGGAAGAGAUUAAAGCGAUGAAGGAGCAGAGGAUGAAGAAAGAAGACGAUCCAAUCGAGGUUAUCAAGAUUAAUAAAGCCACGUGGAUGGCAGAUGGUACUCAUUGGCCCGGUACUUGGAUGACACCUUCAGCUUCUCACACAAAGGGUGACCAUGCUGGCAUCAUACAGGUGAUGUUGAAGCCUCCGAGUGACAAACCACUCUGCGGGAUAGGCGAGGAGUACAGAUUGAUAGAUUUGAGUAAUGUCGAUAUUCGUUUGCCAAUGCUCGUCUACGUUUCUCGAGAGAAGCGGCCUGGAUACGACCACAACAAGAAAGCCGGUGCGAUGAACGCACUCGUUCGAGCGUCCGCGAUCAUGUCCAACGGCCCUUUCAUCCUCAAUCUCGAUUGCGACCACUACAUCUACAACUCCCAAGCCAUGAGGGAAGGAAUGUGCUUCAUGAUGGACCGAGGGGGAGACAGAAUCUGCUACGUCCAGUUCCCUCAGCGAUUUGAGGGCAUCGACCCAUCCGAUCGGUACGCCAAUCGGAACACCGUCUUCUUCGACGGGAACAUGCGGGCCCUAGACGGGCUCCAGGGCCCCGUUUACGUCGGAACGGGCUGUCUGUUCCGACGGAUCGCACUAUACGGGUUCGACCCGCCCCGUGCGAAGGAGCACAGCCGGAGCUUCUGCUUUGGCCGUCGGAAGAAGCACAACGCAAUCACCAAUGCGUCAGAGGAAAAUCGAGCCCUGCGAAUGGGUGAUUCGGACGAUGAGGAUUUGAUGACUCUAUCGCUCUCUCCGAAAAUGUUUGGAAACUCGAAUCUACUCAUUGACUCCAUCCCGGUGGCGGAGUUUCAAGGCCGCCCGUUGGCCGACCACCCGUCGGUCAAGAACGGGCGGCCCCCCGGGGCCCUCACCAUAACCCGUGACCUUUUGGAUGCUUCCACUGUCGCGGAAGCGAUAAGCGUGAUCUCAUGCUGGUACGAGGAUAAAACCGAGUGGGGCCAGCGUGUCGGGUGGAUUUACGGCUCGGUCACCGAAGACGUCGUCACGGGGUACCGGAUGCACAACAGGGGUUGGAAAUCGGUUUAUUGCGUCACCAAACGUGACGCGUUCCGUGGGACUGCCCCCAUCAAUCUCACCGAUCGGCUCCACCAGGUCCUCCGGUGGGCCACGGGAUCCGUGGAGAUAUUCUUCUCACGUAACAACGCCUUGCUAGCGAGCCCGAGGAUGAAGGUCUUACAGAGGCUCGCGUACCUCAACGUCGGAAUAUACCCCUUCACUUCGAUUUUCCUGAUCGUGUAUUGUUUUCUACCCGCAUUGUCUCUCUUCUCGGGGCAAUUCAUCGUCCAAACACUCAACGUAACUUUCUUGGUGUACCUUCUGAUAAUCACCAUAACCCUCUGUGGAUUAGCCGUGCUCGAGGUUAAAUGGUCGGGAAUCGAGCUCGAAGAAUGGUGGAGGAACGAGCAGUUUUGGUUGAUCGGAGGGACGAGCGCGCAUUUGGCUGCCGUUUUCCAAGGACUACUCAAAGUGGUGGCCGGCGUCGAAAUCUCGUUCACUUUAACAUCGAAAUCGAGCGGGGACGACGACGAUGACGAGUUUGCGGAACUCUACGUGGUGAAGUGGACGUCGCUUAUGAUACCGCCGAUUGUGAUCAUAAUGGUGAACUUGAUCGCGAUAGCUGUCGGCCUCAGUCGGACGAUAUAUAGCGUAAUACCGCAGUGGAGCCGCCUAUUGGGAGGGGUGUUCUUUAGCUUUUGGGUGCUUGCACAUCUCUACCCCUUUGCUAAAGGGCUUAUGGGAAGAAGAGGAAAAACACCUACUAUUGUGUUUGUUUGGUCCGGACUUAUUGCCAUUAUUAUUUCUCUUCUUUGGGUGGCCAUAAAUCCGCCGGCGGGAACUAACCAGAUUGGCGGUUCCUUUCAGUUUCCUUAGUGAAUACAUUUUUUAUUUAUUUUUAUUUUUUUGUAUACACCACAGUCCACACCAUAAUUUGUUUUGUUGUCAACUUAGGCCAAUUGCAGAGAGAGAAGAGAAGCACAAUGAUACUUGAUGGAGUAAUUUAUUCUUUUCCAUGUAAUUUAUUUAUUCUUUUUCUUGUUUUGAUUUAGGUAUCUUCUCCCAUUCUUUUUAUGAAAUGAAGAAAGUGUUUUAUCAUUUUUUUUGGGUAA